AUGUUGAAGCACCUGCCCGUCGGCGGAAAAACCUCCUUCCUCAGCUCCAUCAACAAGGAGUGGCAAGAAGGAACGCUCCCGACACAAUGGAAGUCCAGCUUCGUCGUGCCCAUUCCGAAAGGCCGCGGCUCUCCCAACGACGUCGACAACUACCGACCCAUCGCCCUCACCAGCGUAGUCUCCAAGAUAAUGGAGAGAAUGGCCUAUCGAAGGCUCAUCGAGCUACUGGAGAAAGGUGGCCACCUGGAUAACAGGCAACACGCGUUCCGACCAGGCAAGGGUACUAACACCUACUUCGCCGCACUGGGUAAAAUAUUGGACGCGCAAGAAGGAAAGAGCACCAACCGAACCUUUAGGGUCCUGGUAGUAAACCAAACAUCAAGAGCAACCAAGGAAGAAACCGGGGUCCCCCAGGGCUCAGUAAUUGCCGUCACCCUCUUCCUCAUCGCGAUGGAAGGCGUGUUCGACCGACUACCGAAAGGGAUAUACAUCCUGGUGUACGCCGACGACGUCCUGCUGGUGGUUACAGGAAAGCACCCCAAGGCUACGCGGCGGAAACUACAAGCGGCCGUCAACGACGUGGCCAAAUGGGCCAAAUCAGCCGGCUACGUUAUGUCUGCGGUGGACAGAAAACUCAAUUUCAGUGACCACUGCAACCGAGUACGGGGUGAAUGUGCAUCCAGAAUCAACAUCGUAAAGAGCAUUUCAAAAAGAAGAUCUAGGAGCGACCGCUCAACGCGGCUCCGAGUAGCGAAUGCAAUCAUCUGCAGCCGACUCCUCUACGGCAUCGAGCUGAGCAGCCUCAACCUUGACAACCUCAUCGCCCUGCUAGGGCCAACAUAUAACAGGACUAUCCGGAUAGUCUCCGGACUGCUCCCGUCGACCCCGGCGGAUGUGGCCUGCGCCGAGGCCGGUGUGCUACCCUUCCGUUUCCAAGCCACCGCCUCCCUCUGCAGCAAGGCCAUCGUUCACUCCGAGAGAACAAAAGCAAGCCAAAACCACGACCACCUCAACGACAAUACCAACACGGCUCUCCACAACAUCUGCGGUAAAAAAAAUCCCAAGAUUGCCGGCCUCCGACGCCUGGGACCGAGACACUGGCAAACCCCCACUCCCAAAGUAGACCUCAAGCUCAAAGAACGCCUCUCAAAAAACCCAAACCCAGCUGUAGCACAGGAAACCUUCAAAAACCGCAUCCGGGAAAGGUACCAGCAACACGACAUCCGAUUCACGGACGGGUCUAAGGCUGCCGGCAGAGUCGGCAUCGGAAUUUACUCCUCCACCCUCGAUGAAUCGUACCGACUGUCGGACCGUUGCACGGUCUACUCAGCUGAAGCAGCCGCAAUCUUCAGGGCCAUGGCCAUACCCAGUACACUGCCGAUCCUCAUCGUUUCGGACUCAGCUAGUGUCCUAACAGCCCUGGCGUCACCAGCCAGCAAGCAUCCAUGGAUCCAAGCGAUCGAAUCAGUAGCCAACCGCAACACCACGCUCCUCUGGGUACCCAGCCACGCAGGAAUACCCGGCAACGAAUAUGCAGACGCACUGGCCAAUCUCGGAAGAACCGACGGCUUUAUGAGCAGAGAAGUCCCGGCAGCGGACGCCAAACUGUGGGUAAAAACAGAAAUCGCCACAGCAUGGCCAAACGACUGGCGACGGCAGAGAACCUUCCGUCGCAUGCUAAAGAACUCGACCCUACCAGGCAACGACAGCGACAACCGUCGCGAGCAAGUGGUGCUCUCCAGGCUGAGAACGGGCCACACCAACGUCACCCAUAACUUAGGUGGCACCAGCUUACAUAACAGAUGCGAGGAGUGUGAUUGCACUCUGAAAAUCAACCACAUCUUCGGCACAUGCCCGAUCUACCACACAGCCCGCACCAACAACAACAUCUCCAAUGCCUACUCGGCCCUGCAAAACAACCCGCUGGACGAGAGGAACACAAUCAACUUCCUCAAGACGCCUACCUCUACACUAGAAUAUAGUAGAAAACCUGGCAUCACACCACGACAACCCAACGAAUGA